AUGACUCUACCAAUGAUUCUUCUAGCAGCUGCUAUAGUAGCCCUGACGAUACUGAUCUACAAGUUUCUGAUCUACCCAACUUGGAUAUCACCUCUAUCCCGCUGUCCGAAUGCUCAUUGGUCCUCUGCGAUUUCACCACUUUGGAUUCUCUAUCACAGACAGCAGCAAAAAGACACACCUACGGUCCAUGCAGCUCAUACUCGUCUGGGACCGGUGAUACGACUUGCACCGAACGAGUUAUCCGUCAAUUUGGUUGAUGGGGGUAUCCGCACAAUUUAUAGUGGAGGGUUUGAGAAGGGAGAAUGGUAUUCGAACGUCUUUGGGAAUUAUGGCGUGGAGCCCAUGUUUGCUAUGGAGUGCCGCACUGAACAUUCCCAGCGAAAGCGUAUGGUCUCCAACGUCUAUGCCAAGUCGACACUUCAGAGUAGUCCUGCUCUUACUAAACAGACGGAGAUCAUACUUCGGGAUCGACUAUAUCCUAGGAUGAGAGGUGCCGCGCAGAGAGGCGAUGUAAUCGAGCUUUACGAUGUCUUUUCUGCUGUGACGAUGGAUUUCGUGGCGGCUUAUGUGUUUGGUAUGAAGCACAGUUGCGACUUCAUCACUGAUGUUCCGGCUGGAGUCAAGUUCUUUGAAGACUUCAAGUCGAGACAGAGGUACACCUUUUGGCCACAGGAGUUGCCAAACUUCACCAGGUGGAUGGAGCAUUUGGGCCUCAAGUGGCUGCUAGUGCCAAACUGGGUGGCGUCAAGCAAUUUCAGUAUUGAAGAUUGGGUGAUGGCAAUGUGCAAUAAGGCUGAAGCUUCCCUCAAGAGAGGAGAUCAUCUGGAGCCGCAAGACACCCCUACUGUAUACGCUCAACUGAGGAGCACAUUCAUCAAGUCCGCGCAACAGUCGUCCGGGAAAGAAGAGUCAACCGACGACAUCCUUGAUGAAGUCAAACUGCACAUUGCCUCCGAGUUGGUUGAUCACACACUCGCUGGGUACGACACAAGCAGCAUAACUCUCACUUGGAUGGCAUGGCAGCUCAGUCGGCCGCAGAAUCUUCACUGGCAGCAGAGACUCCAGCAAGAGAUCUCUACGCUUCAGGGCAGUCUCGAUGCGAAGAGCAUAGAGUCUCUUCCAGUACUGCAUGCGGUAAUGAUGGAGACACUUCGUCUCCACGCUGCGAUCCCUGGCAAUCAACCUCGAGUCACUCCAGCUUUACCUGCCGUGACCUCACUUGGAGAUCCGGAGGCGGGGAUAGUCUACAAGGGGCUUCCUCCAGGCACACGAGUUCAAGCUCAGGCGUGGUCGCUGCAUCGUAAUCCAGAAGUCUUCCCAGAGCCAGAUGAGUGGAAUCCAGCUCGCUGGCUUGAUGCGGGCGAAGAACAGCAGCGAGAGAUGGGACGAUGGUUCUGGGCGUUUGGAUCCGGUGGUAGGAUGUGUGUUGGAUCCAAUCUUGCGAUGCUGGAUAUGAAGGCCACUAUGGUGGGUCUGUGGGGUUGCUUCUCGACGGAGAUCGUGGAUGACAAAGGGAUGGUUCCAAACGGUGGGUACAUGGCGGAACCGUUGGGUGUGGGRCCACAUGGCGUGAUGGGCGUAGAGUUUGGCAGGAGCUUCUUGCGGUGUCGGUUGCGAGAAGUGAAGAAGAUGUAG